CGCCUCUUGCUCUUUUUAUUACACGGUAACGCUUACGACCUCGUGGAACGCGCGACUCCUCUCCGCCGGGGAGCGGAGCUUCCGGUGGCUCUUUUCCCUCACCGGCUUCGUCGCCGGUUCUAUUCGUAAGAUACCAUCGGCUAUUCUGAACCACCCCCUUCGCACGGCUGGAACUAUAUAUACACACGCACACAUAGAGGGACGGAGAUGACGGAGUGUGUCUAAAAACGGUGGAGAGUGAAACCGCAGGUAUUUCGAGAUCGCUCUUGACGGCCGAGAGGGUUAAAGGUUAACAUCGCGUGAAUCGUGCGGGCAGACAUAACAGUGUUAUCUCCGUGACGGCCAUGGCGGGAGGACGAGAUGGAGAAAUACAGAUAGAUAGAUAGAUAGAUAGAUAGAUAGAUAGAUAGAUAGAUAGAUAGAUGGAUGGAGAGGAACAUAAAGGACCUCCAGGUCCUUCACGCCGGACGAAAGGUCGAGCCGAUCGGUAUCGGAGGCGAGACUUCACGUGGCUGACGAGUGGACUUCCGGCGUGUCGGCCGACACAUCCGGCACGCGAACCUGUUGAUCUCGGUAAGGCGCGAGUACACCAACUUACCGAUAGGUAGACUUGCGACCAGGUGAGGUAACGGGACCAAUGCCUCGAGCAACGCCAGGAGGAUACCGAUCUCGUUGUUUCAUCUUCAUGAGAACAUUUUAUAGCGACAUCGUUCUAAUGACGACGUGAUUCAAGGACAUCAUACUGGGUUAAAGGGUUUGGAGAGAGUACGGUUAGAUAACUGUCGAAACGAUGCACGAGUGUUCCACUUUAGCGAAAGAAGUGUCACGCUGACCAGCUCGGAUACGUUGUGAUAUUUAUCGCGUAGAACAGUGUCAGGAGAAAGCCAACGGACAAUCUAAAGGAACUGUACAUAAUUCUACGACAAUUAUACUAAAACUCAAUGAGAAUAAUUAAUAUAAUGAGUAUAAUUAAUUUAAUAAUUAUACAAAUUCUAAAUUGCCUCCAAUUUUAGUUUCAUGAAGUCUAUCCUCCUGCGAAGAACUCUCUAGACUAGAAUAUACUGAAUGCAAUAGAUUGAAAUAAAACAAAAUAUACUUGUUUCACUCUAACCUAAUGCAUCGGUGCAGUUCAGAAAGUUCCUCGAAAUAGAGCAAGGUCUAUUAGGUUAACCGGUCCCAACUUUUUUUCCAACGUGGUCACCACUUUAUUAGACCAUCAAGUAAGAGAACACACGUGAAUUGAAAGGCCUUUUUUCCGUAAAAAUUCAAAGGAAGAAAGGAAAGUUUCACACGGAAAAGAUUUCAACAUCAGUGUUCUUAGGACCUGCAAGUCAUUCAGGUGUUGUUCAGGUGGAUCCGAUAAUAGCGCUUCAAUUGGGCCGACCUAUUUUUGCCCGCGAACGGUUUAAAAAGAGAGAAAAAGAGAGAGAGAAAGCGAGUGCUGCGACCCUUCCGGCAUCCCUCAGCCCCCGAGCGUUACAUCGACGCGCAAAAGAGUCACCCAGAUACCAGGCCUGUGUCGAACGAUCGGCGAGCGAGCGACCGCGUCGCGAUUGGUUUUACCUAAAGUGGUUCAAGGCCGCGCCGACGUCAGAAGUGGCGAGUCGGAGGAAUUUGGAUGCGCAUUCAGGUACGAGCUUAAUUGAUAUCGAAAAUGAAUUCCUGCUACCGCCGGCGAACACAAUCCGGACUGUAUGUUCGCUGUAUGUUUGUGUGCGCGCCAAUUAUUCGCCCUACCGCGUUGUUACAUUUCAAAUCCCGUGACGUCAACAUCGUCGCUGUCGAAUGCGGCGUCACGGCCGCACAAAGAUUCCCGUCCCGUUAUUUCCGAAUAUAACUCUCCACACGUUCAAUGAGCAUCUUUGGCAUCGGAAUUAACAUGUAGAACAUAGAAACAUGCAAAUCACGAGAUUCUGCAAAUUUACAUGAUACAGCACACAAAUGAGCCAUAAAAUUUUGCAAAUAUAUGCCCACCACAGCAACAUGUAAGCUCAAAUUUUGCGAAUAUAUACGAGAUAUAACGAAAUGUAAAAUAAUACAUUUAAUUAUACGAAUAAUUCAACAACGCGUAAAUCAGCAAAUUUUGCAAACAUCGAAAUAAUGAAGAAAAAUUCAUAUGUCCAGGACUCGAGGGAGAUGUGUGUUCUAUUGCCAAUUUAACACGAUCCUUAUGAGUACGACGGCGCGAAGUAUUGAAAAAUUAAAACGUAUCAGGUACAAAGACAAAAACACACGACCCUUUAUCAUGAAGCGCGGAUAAUGAAUGGACGCAAGAAAUUCGAGAGAGCGACGCUGAGAUAUGCGAGGACAUCGCAAUACGCCCCUCUUUGAAAAAGACGAGUAAGACAAUCUCAGGCGCACCAAUGCCGCGCUCUGCCGCGACAACAACCCCUUCGUCGCUCUUGUCAUCAUGCGCCGCCCUCCAAUCGGCCACCGCCGACGACCCGCGCCUGUGCUUUCAGGGAAGUGACUUCCCUCGGACGCCGUCAGGCGUCGCGACGUCCGUCGCUCCCCUGAUCCACCCCCAGCGAGCCGGUGAACCCGAGGAGGAAGCAAGCAACCCCCGGCUAGUCCUCGCGAGCCAGCGAGCCAGUCGUGAGCUUCGUGCCGAGCUGGGGCGAUGCGCCUGGCGCAUCGACUGACGCGCGCGACCGCAACGAGUAGUGCAUUGCGCGUUGCACCGACGUAGCCCGUCGUCCUCGUCGCCGUCGUUGGUGGUUGUGGUGGUGGUGGUGGUGCGUCGCGAUCUCCCUGCGCGCGACACGGGACUGGAACGAACAAACGACGACGACGACGCUCGCACGUGAGCACGUCGCCGCGGCCGCGAGAUGAGAAACGUGUGACCGAGCUGAUACCGCCCGAGGCAUGGCCAGCAGCACGGAGGACUACGGGUCAGAGCUGCAGGAGUUGCAGUGGGGCGCCGGCACCGGCACGCACUUCCUGCGCGGCGGCAGCGGUUCUCACUUCCUGAGGAGCGGCACCGGCGGCUGCUACGAAGCCGAGGACCUCGAGCCGGCCAGCAGGCACCAUGGAGGCCAACACCGCGGCUACUACAGCCCACCCGGCACCAGCUACACCAUCGUCGAGAGGCCGCCCAGCGCGCCCCAUCAUCACUCCUCGCACGCGACCCCGUACAGGCACAGAGGUCACGGCGCCGCCGGCACCGGUGCCAUUUCCCCGGAACAAGUGCUCAGGCUAUUUGGCAACAGCGUGACGUCGGAGCGUCGUCAAGGCGACCGGAGGACGCCGGCGUCCAGUCCGGCGAGCGUCUCGGCGGUUCGCAGCACGCCGACCACCGGCUCGCAACAGCAACAACAGCAGCAACAGCAGCAAUCGCAGCAGCAGCAACAGCAGCAGCAGGCGAACGCCGCGAACCCGCCUACGUCGCCGAUCGCGCAGCCUCUCAGUCUACAGGAGCUCACCGUAAGGACAAUCACCAUGACGAGAGAUCCGCCGGACUCUCACCAUGGCUUUGGCAUCUGCGUGAAGGGUGGCAAGGACGCAGGUGAGAUCCGAAGUACCUUCAGGCUACCCCCGUCGCCGUACUUCGUGCCUCGAGAACGAGGGGUGGGAGUCUACAUCUCGAGGGUGGAGGAGGGUUCGGUGGCCGAGCGCGCUGGACUCAGGCCAGGAGACACCAUCCUGGAGGUGAACGGCACACCCUUCCGCGCGGUCACUCACGAGGAAGCCCUCAAAAUGCUGAAGUCCUGCAAGACCCUAAGCAUGACGGUACGAGGACCCGCGUUGGAUCCUCGCUGUCGGGGCGGUCACCCCGUGUGGUCAUCCUCGGGUCGUCAGCAGUCUUGCAGCUGGAUGGACCGUCAAGGUCGCCCGACCUCGCCGCCGCCCCUUCAUCUACCCCGCGAUCCCCGCUACGGGCCGAGGACGCGUAAGGUAGAGCUGUGCAUCGAGCACGGCCAAUCCCUUGGCCUGAUGAUACGCGGCGGUCUGGAAUAUGGUCUCGGGAUCUACGUGACGGGCGUCGACAAGGACAGCGUCGCCGACCGCGCCGGUCUCCUCGUAGGCGAUCAGAUUAUCGAGGUGAACGGACAGAGCUUCGAGGAGGCGACGCACGACGAGGCGGUUCAGUUCCUCAAGACAAACAAGAGGAUGAGUCUGCUGAUACGCGACGUUGGCAAGGUGCCCCAUUCGUGUACCACCAGCCAGCCCAUAGUGAUCCCACCCUCCCGAUAUCCCGAGCACGAUCCUCUACUCCUGGAGAGUCCUGGGAAUCAUCGUCCACCCAGUCCUGCGAGCAGUACGAACGAAUGGAGACACCGAGGUGGCGUUCACACUGUCUCCGCGGAUACCGCCGCUAUGGUGGAGGAGAAGGCGAGAGUCGUCCUCGCCCGGAGCGAGAGAGCCGCGCUCUCGCAGCUCCUGGCGGAUUACAGCACGAGGAGGCUGACGGUGGAGGACCUGGUCAUUAGCUUGGACAACCUCCUGAACACCGACGAGAAGCGCACGCUAUUGACGGAGCUCACGGAGCUUGUCGACAGCGAGGACAGAAAGGCCUUCGACUACCUCGUCUACAGAAGACCCCGAAUAGCCAUGGCCAGGAGAAAAGGCGACCGCGCUCACUCGGACUUGAUAGUGACUCCCUCGCUGCACGAUCUUCCGAGGGGUGUGCCCGGUGGUUGUUGCCGUCCGGGACGACUGGUGGACGUCGAGGGAGAUCCCCUGGGAGUGACGGGCCCACUUCUGCCGCGGGAUAACCAGGAGUAUAGGUCGCCGAGCGAGGACAGCGGUCUCGGGGCCGACAUGCCCAGGACCAGAGUGGGCUGCAGGAGGGCGCAGCAGCACCAAGUGACGACCUCCGACCUCGCCCUCUCCAACGACGACGAGUGCGACAAUCAGGACUAUGAUGACGAGAUCGAGAACGGACGGGGUCGCAGACACAGCUCUCCGGGUGGCUCGCGAGGCAACCCCCGGGAUUACGGCCAUCACCUGCAUCUGGACAAUUUGGAGAGCGACGGGGGUUGCGAGGGUAGCGACGCCGAGAUGAUCGGUAACGGGAGACGGGGCGGCGGCGCAGGCGAGAGGGAUCGCGAUUUGGAGGAGGAUGAGGACGAAGGCAGGGAGGAGAGGAGCUCGGAGAGUGGAGGUGGUGGAGGUUUCGGUGGUUGGAGGUCCCACCUACUCGGUGGGCUCACGCAACGCGUCAAAUCCUGGUACUGGGGCGCCAGGCCCCUCCUGUACCCGUUUCAGGAGCUCGCGCACAAGCUCUCACGGAGCUUCGACAUGCAGGAGGCGCAACUGCUGGAGGAGGGCGGCUCCGGCGGCGGUUCCGCCGGAAGUGGGACCGCGGGGGGCCCGCCGCGCCGGCAUCACAGCGUGCAGAGGCUGACGCGUAGCGAGAUGUCGGAGAGGCGCGAGGAGGACGGCGCCCUGGUGGUGCCCGAUCACCAGGGCAACCUGCGCAUCACCGUGAGGAAGACCAAGUCGAUUCUGGGCAUCGCCAUCGAGGGCGGCGCCAACACCAAGCACCCACUGCCCCGGAUCAUCAACAUACACGAUAAUGGUGCUGCUUACGAGGCUGGCGGCCUCGAAGUCGGUCAGCUCAUCCUCGAGGUCGAUGGUCAGAAAGUUGAAGGACUUCAUCAUCAAGAGGUCGCGCGGCUGAUCGCCGAGUCGUUCGCGCGGCGCGACCGGAACGAGAUCGAGUUCCUAGUGGUGGAGGCGAAGAAGAGCAACCUGGAGCCGAAGCCGACGGCGCUGAUAUUCCUGGAGGCGUAGCAGGAAUCUCCCACCUCCGAGCCGGAACCACCGUAGCCCAACCUGACCAGAGCUCGGCCGGCGGCGAUCCAGGAGCGUCGUCGCCGUUGAAUCCGAUCGAGACCGAUGUGAAUUAUCCCGGAUAAUUCACACGACUUUCGGCCUCGCGGAGAGGGUUCCAAACCACUAACCGUCUCCGCGAGUUCUCGAUUCGGAUGGCCGAGCUGUUGGUUAGCUGCUGCUAAUUCACCUGGCCCUGGUGGUGGGAACUUCAUUCGCUGACGAAACAACAACAACAAAAGAACGCUCGGAAGAUACAAAGAGGACGACGAGACGCUGAAGAGAUGGCGGAACGGUGUUGCCUUCGGAUUCCGACCGGGACCUUCGGAAGAUCGCGUCGAGAGGCUUCACAAGGAUUUAUAACGCGAGGAUAUCGAAAUCCACGAAUUCUGCUGAAACGGGGAAAGCCCAGGGAGUUCCCGGGGACCGUCUCUCUUCUAGUCCAAGUCGCACUCGCUCGGACUCGCACUUUCUUUUCCUCGCGUGAGAGCGGCGGUCGUGCGAAGAACAAAUUCGCGUCACGCUCUCAGCACCAUGCGCAAGGCGACCGCCGCGAAAGAGAAAAUUCCUCCGACUGUAUAUAUAUAUACACACACACAUAUAACACGCCGCUGUACAUACUUUUCUCUAACAGACAGUUCGAUAAAGAGCAAGUAGCCACUCCGCCGAGAGCGCCGAGACCGGUGAAUUCCGAAGGUUCCGAAGGCGACGAGCAACGCGCCGGUCUCGCCUCGGCGCCUCCGCGAGGCCGAGAAGCUGUUCGUUCGCCGAUUAAUUGCGCGAUCAUCGUCGUCGUCGUCGUCGUCGUCAUCGUCGUCGAUCGACCACGAGGAUGCUGCCGAGAUACGCGCGAAUGCCCUCGCGUCUCUUUCUCUCUCUCUCUCUCUCUCUCUCUCUCUCUUUUGGAGGCAAGACCUCGGAGAGAGAAAAGCAACAAGAUCGAUAUAUUUUUCAUCGGCAUCGCGUCGUCGCGAACGCAGCAUCCGGUGGUUGCUUCGUAGACGGGGGCGAGGGAGGGAGGCGGACGGGAGGAAACACGAAGCGAAGGAAGGGGGAGAUCGUGCAAUGUGCCAAACUCUAACGCAAGCUCUGUUUCACGUAUACUAAAUAUAUAAAGCUGCUAAUCGAUAAGGGACUCGCGCACGAGAAGAGGACACGGGUGACGCUCUCUCCCUCGCGCGCGAUCGCGGGAGACGCGCAAGCGAAUGCAUCGAGAGCGAAUGCGGACUUACAUGCUCACAGUGUUGCGUGAAGAUUACCUCACACACACUCACAGACGACACACACGUUUGCAGGAGUAUAUUCGCGCGGGAUCCGAGCCGCGAGGGCGACGACGACGACGAUGUCUAGUCGCGCGUCCGCUCCGGCCGGUUCCGCCCCGUCGAUUAAUUAUGAAAGAUGCGGGAGAUACGCGCAACCAAGAAGCGGGAGGGCGCCAGUCCAAUGAGAGAAAGAGAAAAAAAUAUACAUAUAUAAAUAUAUAUAUAUAUAUAUAUAUAUAUAGAGAGAGAGAGAGAGAGAGAGAGAGAGAGAGA